AUGGAGUGCGUUGAGGUGGUGGAGUUAUGCGAUUCGGGUGACCAAAACAUGGACCAGACCGAGGCUUUAGAUGUGAUGGUGCUCAAGACGUGCGGACAACUGAUGUUCGACUUGUUCGAGCGGAUUGGAAACAACGACGUGACCUCGACGGGUGGUGACAGCUGCAAUGACACGAUAUCCUCGACCGCCACCUCGGACGACAGUUGGUCGUCGACUAGCAGCGUGGGAGACACGUACCACGACAGGCUCAUGGACCGCGCGUUUGACAGAAUAUACGACGUGAUGUCACAAGACCUGGAAAAAGUCGACCCAUAUUAUCAGACGCCUCCCAAACUUCAGCUGUACCACAAGCUGUACAAUUUUGUGCGGCAUUAUAAGUUGCAUCAGAUCAACAGAUAUGUUUUCGGAAACGAACCACAUCAGGAUUGGGGACCAGACGCUACGGACGCACUGACAACGGUCCGCACAUGGCGCCUAAAAUUUGUUGACGGAACAAAAGUGGUGGACGGUCUGAUGGAAGCUUAUAAAAUGGCAGCCGCUAACAAAGAACUGCAUUCAUAUGAAGUCGCCAUGGUCGCGUUUGCCGUUUUUAGUUUUUUACUAGGAUACGAUGGCACGAUUGAUUACGACAUUUUGUUUAUGUUUCGUCACAUUGAAGACAUUUACGAACUACAGACUUUUCAACAUGUUCACAAUUCCGUGUUAAGGCACGCUAGAUUGUUUUUGGAAGGUCACGCUUCUGAUGAAGACGAAACAUUUUUUGAAUCUUUGGCCGAAAAUGCAGAUAUCGUAGCCGUGUUUAAUUGGAUAUUUGAUUUGUUGGCUGAGCGGCCAGAGGCCAUCGAUAAAUUCACCGACAACCCAUUCCAAAGUGUUGAAUGUCAAAUUGAUGACGUCAACGGGAAAAAAAUAUCUCCCAGCUAUGUCAUAAAGUUACGAGUAUUUUAUCGAUGGGUUUUAAUGGAACUUUUCGUGGUGUUGAGCGGUAGACUUCGAGAUCGAAUGUCAUUAUUGGAUUUCCACGUCAAACAGUGUCUAUGCUGCCUAAGCGAAACAUCCUGGUUGCAAUUAUUUGAAAACGUUUAUGUGUACGCGUUGAAACAUUUCACAACGAUCCUCAGUGAAUAUAAUUGUCCAAAACAUAUGUUGAAGACUUUCCGCGAUAUGUUUAGCAAUGAAACGUUAAAAGAUCUUAUCAGGUUUUGUGUAAGUAAACAGGUUGCCGACAACACCUAUCUAAACCAUCGUGAUAGCUCUACGGAUUCAAACGAGAGCCUUGGGUCAUCUGAAUCUUAG